AUGGCCUCGUAUAGCCUUAAGAAUGCCAUCUCAGUUGCUCGCAGCCAGAUUCAGAUUCUAUCCAAAACCCCUAAGCCAAACAGGGACUUCCAGCCUAGCCAACCUGUCCUUCUUCCAGCCUACUACAAGGACCAUAUACGAGGAGAACUCUACCACUUCGAUACAGAUCUACCUGAUCAGGUAGAGCGCACUAGGCAUAUUGUCGUCAAGUCAGGCUGGGCGUCCCCAGCGCACUGGGAAGCGCUUGUGAACGAGACGACUAUAAGUGCAUUAUCACACGACUGGCUAUCAUGGAACUGUACACCUGUUGGUCAGUCGUGA